CGCGCGCCCGCCCGCCCCGCCCACCGUUGCUAUAAAGGGAAAGCGGGCUGCGCGCUCUCCAAGCUUCGUCCGGUGCCUUGGAUCCGCUUCCGUGUAUUCCAGUGUAAGGUCGCUAGUCAGACAGCAGCAGCCAAGAUGGUGAAGCAGAUUGAGAGCAAGUAUGCUUUUCAGGAAGCCUUGAACAGUGCGGGAGAGAAACUCGUAGUAGUCGACUUCUCAGCCACGUGGUGUGGGCCUUGCAAAAUGAUCAAGCCUUUCUUUCAUUCUCUCUCGGAAAAGUAUUCCAACGUAGUGUUCCUCGAAGUAGACGUGGAUGACUGUCAGGAUGUUGCUUCAGAGUGUGAAGUCAAAUGCAUGCCAACCUUCCAGUUUUUUAAAAAGGGACAGAAGGUGGGUGAAUUUUCUGGAGCUAAUAAGGAAAAACUUGAAGCCACCAUUAAUGAAUUAAUCUAAUCAUGUUUUCUGAAGACAUGACCAGCCUUUGGCUGUUUAAAACUUGUAAUUUUUUUUAUUUACAAAAAGGAAGGAUCAAGUAUGAAGACUAUAUACCUAACUGCCAUCUGAUAAGUGACAAUAAAAUAUUAACUGUACCCUUUUUAAAACUGUCUGGUGUCUUUGCAUAGUUUUCAAAAUAAAUGAAAACUGGCCAUUUGAUGAUA